UCAGGCUCCUGGAGCUCUGUUCGUCUGACACAGACUGAAAUCAUGAAGGUAGCUGUUGCUCUUCUCCUUUGUGCCUUGUGCUUCGUGGGCCUGGAUGCACAGUGCCCAGAAGCAAACGCCCUGUAUGAUCUCGAAGGCACCAAGCUGUGCGCUCGUCUGUACGCACAGAGUAACAUCUACUACGACCAAAGCUGCCAAGGAGACUACCUUGACAUCUACCCCAAUGAUGACGUCCCGACCAUCGCAUGGCGCUGGAACAACCGUGCCUCUGCCCUGGUGGUGAGCAGGCUAUGCAACCUGACGGUGUGGUCCCGCAUCAGAAAGGAAGGCACCAAGAGGAAGUUUUCUCCUGGCAUCCAGUACCGCCUCAAGGACGUGCAGAAGGGCCUGUUUGGAAACUGGGACAAUAGCAUCUCUGGAUACUACUGCACAUGCUAGACUCUGCUGAAGCGAACCAGGAAAGAAAGAGACUGUAAUCACCAGCUGUUAAUCUGUGUGUCAUCAGAGGAAUCAAACGUUCAUCAUUCAAUCUGUCAACUUGUCAAAAAAAACACUGACUUGACUGAUUCAUUUCAGUUGUUUUUACUGAAUAAAAUAACUGAUCAACAGUCUUCCUGCUUUAAA